AUGUCCACCUACCUAAACGAACAUGCUCUCGGCUGUCCUACUAGCGAACAUCAUACACAUACACAUCAUACAUCAUACAGCAUCCCAUGCAGUUACAAUGAGUUAUGCAAUUGCAACAAUCACGCCCGUCAAUGCCGCUUCAAUAUGGAACUUUUCAAGCUCUCAGGUCGCAUCUCUGGUGGCGUUUGCCAAAAUUGUCGCCACUACACCACCGGCCGCCACUGUCACUACUGCAAGGAAGGCUACUACCGCGAUCCCUCCAAACCGCUGAACCACCGUCGUGUAUGCAAGCCCUGCGAAUGUCACCCAAUAGGUUCUUCGGGCAAAACUUGCAACAACACCUCUGGCCAAUGCCCCUGCAAGGAUGGUGUGACCGGUCUCACCUGCAAUCGCUGCGCGCGUGGCUAUCAACAGAGUCGUUCACACAUAGCGCCAUGCAUCAAAAUUCCCGCACGCAAAGCGAAUAUGUUGGAUACACAGAAUACCGCACCUGAUCCAGAUCCCCACGAUACCAAUGCACCUUAUCGCACUGAAGGUGGGAGGGAAUGCGAAAGAUGCAAAAUAAGCACAAAAAGGUUAAACCUCAACAAAUUCUGCAAAAGGGAUUACGCAAUAAUGGCGAAAGUGAUUGGACGCGAAGCGAGCACCGAAGUAACGAGCAGCAGCGAACAGUACACCAAAGAAAAUCAGCAAAUGGAUCCCGACGACGAAGCGGAAGCCAUGGAGUCCGAUUCGGUCGAAACGGUCAAAUACGAUAUACAAAUACAGGCGAUCUUCAAGCGUACCCCACUCGAAUACGCAACAACGAAUACAAUCCUAAAACGGGGUCCUUUGACCUGGAUCAUACCCAUUAAGAAUCUUGAAUGUCGUUGUCCCAGAAUCAAAAUGAAUCGCUCCUAUCUGAUACUGGGCAAAGAUUCGGAAUCGCCACCCGGCUAUCUGGGCAUUGGGCCGCGUUCCAUUGUGAUCGAGUGGAAGGAUGAAUGGUAUCGACGUAUGAAACGCUUCCAGCGACGUGCGCGAACGUGUCAGUAAAUGAAAUAAAAAUAAAGAAACACUCACACUUCCAUACAUGCACACGCAUACUUUAAAUGUAUUUGUAUUUAUAAUAAUAAUUUGAAAUAAUUCUUAAGGCAUAACUACUUAAAUGCAUUCAAAGUCGAACAAGCGCACUAAAACAUACAAACACACACACACAUAAAUAUACUUACCAACAUAAAUACGUAAUCGUAUGCGAUUGAAUGAAACUGAUAAUUUUUCGCUGUGUAAAAACUGAAUAUUUUUAUGGUACUUAAGUUUUAAUUUUGCAUAUAGAAGUGGCAAAAGCAACGACGUGCGCUAUUCUUAAUUAAUUAAUUUUUUACGCAUUAAUUUUCGCAUUUAUUUAUUUGUAUUAAUAUUGUUUAAUUUUUCGCUUACACUUAUUUAGGUUUAAUUAAAAAGAGAAAAAAAUGUAAUGAAUUUUGAAAUCAUAUGAAAAGCUGAAAAUUUGUGAAAUAUUAGGGCAGCUCCAAAUUCAGUGCAUCUUCUUGACAUUUGCAAAUUAUGUUGUACAUUUAGUUAUUGUGUGCCAUGGCGAUUUGCAAAUUUGAUUUUCUCUAUUUAGAAAACUGUUUAAGUAAUAUUUAUGUGUAAUUGAUUGAUAGAAAGAAAAAUUUGCUCUGAAAUUUCACGAAAACGUAAUUUUAUUUACCAGAGUAUUCAUGAUAAAAAUUUUACGAGAAGCAGUUCGAAGCAAAAAUAUUAAUGUUUAAUGCAAAACGAAUUAAAGUUACCCUUAAAAAAUUAUACGAAUAAUAAAAAUAGAUUUUAUUAUGACACGAAAAAAACAAUGGAGCAUGCAAAAGUAUCAGAAAUUAUAAGGCAAUUUUUCCCCCCGAAUUGUUUUCGGCUUUGUAUUUUAUUUUUAUUUGAAUUAAUUUGCUCUGAAUGAACUUUCGCUAAGGCCAGUUAUUUUUCAACCAAAGAAGUGAAAUAUAAUAUAUUCGUAUUUUCAUGGGGAAAAGAUGUUUAGAGGUGUACUAUCCAGCUCUGAGCGAAUUUGACCGAUAUGCCGACGUCAUUCGUUUUGUGUUUUACUAAGCUAAAGCUAAAUUUUGUAAAACACAAAACGAAUGACGUAGAAUCCAAGGUUAGGUUAGGUUGCUAAGGUUGCUCAAGGAAUGAGCACACUUGGACGAAGAAAAACGGUUUCGACCUUUGUGAUACCAUUAUGAAGGAGGUGAGGUGAAAGAGGAAGACCGAUGGGAUGCAGGGAGAGGGCGGGGAGAGGUGGUGCUAGGAUGGUUAGAAGGGUGGGCUUAGAAAGUGUCGAUUACGAACGAUGGCUGUGCUGCAUUUGCGUCAACCGCUUUGUGCUGCUGAUGAAAUUCAUCAGAUUUUUAAUGUCAACGCCAGCUAUAUCAGCAGGAGUAGCAAAGAAAUAAGAGCCAAGGAGAAGUUUCUGAGAUGAUUCCACCUCAUCCUCCAUACAUCCAUCGCAAAAAGAACUUGAAAUAAUCCAAGUCUCACACCAUGCAUUCCUCGCGCAUAGUGUCCUGUGAAGAGACCCACGAGAUUUGAGAGCUGAUAUUUUGUCAACCCCAGAAGCUCUCCCGAACGCCUCCGCUACACACGUGACCAGAAGGAUUUCGCGACCUUACAAGUUUGUGUACUUGCCCAACGCUCGCUGAAUUGGCGCCAUGCCCAUCUUUCCAGGAGCAGACCACAGAUAGUCAGGUGGAUCCCAAUUCUUUCCUUUCGUAUGGUAAUCAGGUCACAUGUCCCUUGUCUGGUCAGAUCAUCCGCCUCACAAUUUCCCGCAAUGUAGCUGUGACCAGGAACCUAGAUGAGGUUUGUGUCAAAGAAUUCGGACGCAGUCGAAAGUGAGGUCAGGCAUUCCCUGCCACGAGAGCCCCUAUUGCCGCUUGGCUAUCGGAGUAAAUAUUUACUUUCCUGACUGUUAGUACGCAUGUAAGCAGCCAAUCGGUAGCCUCCUUGAUUGCGGCUACCUCUGUCUGGAAUACACUGCAGUGGUCCGGUAACCUGAAUUUGAGUCUGAUGGUGAGCUCCUCGCAAAAAACUUAUCGGCCAACCUUUCCUUCCAACUUCGAUCCAUCCGUGAAUAAAUUCACCAGACCCUGUCCCCAAGUGUAGCCCCCCGUUCACUCUUCCCUUGAUGGAAUAUGAGUGAAGAAGUUAUGGUUGGACAUACACUGGAGGGUAUACACUGAUCCGUUGACAGGGGGCUGAACUCGAAGUUUCUAAGGAUGCUUGAGUGCCCAUAAGUGAGGUUGAGCUUAUAGCCCGAGUCCCUUAGUCUGAUUGCCGAACGUGUAGCGGCAAUUCUGCCUGCGUUGUCUACGGAUACCACAUUUAACAUUGCGUUGAGCGCCAGAGUAGGAGUCGUUCGAAGCGCCCCACUGAUUCCGAUGAGUGCCGACCUUUGAAAUCUCUCCAGCUUCUUAACCAAUGUCGUCCUCUCUAGUGAGUUCCACCAGACUAUGACUCCAUAAAACAAGAAGGCUUUACAAUAGUAUUAUACUGGUGUAGCCAAAAAAAAAACUCUAGGCGAAAGGCCCCAUCUUUUGCCAAUUGCCACACAAGACGCUUGUUGCCUUCCUCACUCUUUCCUCAAUAUUGGGCUUCCAUGUAAGCUUACUAUCAAGGACAAUACCUAGGCACCUCACCUUGUCAGAAAGCAUCAGAGGAGCACCCCCUAGUAAGGGAAGUUGAGCUCUGGGUAUUUUAUAUUUCCUCGUAAAUAGGACGAGCUCCGUCUUAAGAGCAUUCACCGACAGGCCGCAAUCCGUUGCCCAUCUAACAACUGCGUUCAGAUAUCCCUGCAUCAAGUUGGAGAGAGUAUCCCCAAGCACCCUUCAACAUUUUUUUCACCAUACCAAACGAGAAAACCUGGUAUCUAUCAUCCUUGCAAUAUUUUGUAAAAAAAAGCAUCUUUGGAACUCAUCAAAUCAAAAUAGUAGAUAUUUCUUAUUUUGAUUUAUGGUCUUAAGGAAUUCAUGACAAUGUCACUUUUUUUAUGCACUUUGAUGGAAAUGAUUUGUUCUUAACGAAUUCCCCACAAGCCUCAUAACGAAUUCCCCACAAGCCUAGAAAGUUGAUUAUUUCCCCUGAGUUCUUGUCGGUGUUGUAUUUUAAUUUCAUUUAAAUUAAUUUGUUCACAUGGAACUCCUGAUAAGAUAAGGCCAGUUGUUUCUCAAUCAAAUAAGUGAAAUAUUCUAUACAAAAAAUUCUUUUGGAACUUACAAAAUCAAAAAGGGGAAAUAAUUUGGAACCUAUGAAAAAAAUCUUUUGGCACUUAUGAAAUCACAAAUAUUUACGAAUGAUUUAUUCUUUAGGAACUCCCCGCAAAGCUACUUCUUUCGCCCUUGACUUCGUUUCGGUGUAGACUUUUAUUUCUCAUUGAACUGAGUAAAUUGUAUUAAUUUGCUUACAUGGAACUCCCGAUAAGAUAAGAUCAGUUAUUUUUCAAUCAAAAAAGUGAAAUAUUCUAUACAAAAAAAUCUUUUGGAACUUAUGAAAUGAAAAAAAGUAGAUAUUUUUACGUGGAAAUGCAUACAAACUCGAAUAUUUAUUUUAAAACUAAUUUAUAUUCUUAACAGAAAAAAUAAAAUAUUAUAAAAUAUAAAAUAAAAAAUAAUAUUUUUUUUAAUUAACGAAGCCCAAGAAAACAAAAGAGAAUAAAAAAGUGAAUAUUUUUGAAAAUGUAUUCAAACCAAAAAAAUCAAAAACAAAAAAAAGCAUGGCCCAAAGCCGAAUUAACAUUAAUGCAUUUUUUGUAUGUACUUGUAUAAUCUCUUUAAAUGUCUGCAAGAGGAUUUUAUGCCAUAAAUUUUGCCAUAACAGAACUAUUUGCUUAGACACUAUUGCAGAUCCUCCAUAUUUACACACACACUGUACACAUACCUACAUAGCAAACCUAGAAAAGUGAAAACUUAGCUUAUUUAUGUACAUACAUACAUAGUUGUGUGCGUAUAUUUAGUAGUAAAUGUAUGAAAUAACAAAUAGAACUGGAACAAUAAACCAUGCGCCAAUAAAUUACCUAAAAUAAACGAAUUAAAAAAAGAACAAAAACAAUAAAUAACGACGCACAUACCUAUACAUGCAUAUAUAUGCAAAAUAUAUGACACCACUACACGCACACAAGCAUUAAUGCAUACUUAAAUGGCAACAACAAUCAAAUGUACGAAAAAGCAAUAAAUGUUUAACACACCGCACAAUAAAAGUAUUAAAUAUUGAAAUUAAAUUUAUGUACUUAAAUACAAUAUACAUACAUAUACAUAUACAUAUAUAGAAUACGAGCGAAAACAAAUAAAACUAAAAUAAAAAAAAUAAUUAUGUAUAAAUAUUUAAAAAUAUUUUUAGCAAAUAAUUAUAAUAUUAUUAUGUAUAAGUGUGCAUUUAAAUUCAAAAAAAACAAAAAUCAAAUAGAAUAAUAAACCUAAACAAACAAAACACACGAAUAUUGGCAAUUCAAUGCUAAAUGCCAGGUACCAAUAGUGAAAAGCCAAUUUUCCCCCUUUUAAUAAAUGUUAACAAAUAAAUAAUUUAUUUAACGAUGUAAGCGACUUAAAGCUAAUCAAAUUGAAUAAAAAAUAAUAAUACGUAAUUUUGCUCUAUUUAGUUUCCAUUUAUUAGUUUUUUCUUUCCUAUUUUAUGAGUAUUUAAUUUUUAAUGCAAUAAAAAGUGUAAUAUUUACUAAAUAUAUAUAUACAUAUAAGCAUAAGUAUGUCGCAGGUUGCACAGAUCCGAAAAAUGUUGAUAAAUAAGAAUGUUAGAAAAUAAUGCUGCAGUUGAAAUCGCUUUGAAGUAUGGCCACUCUACUUAUGCAACUACAUACAAAAAAAAAGUUUUUUUUGUAAAUGUAUGUGAGCAAAUGAAUGUUUCAAUUUCGAAACUAAACUUGUAAUGUUUUAAUGUCCACAGCAAAUAAAUAAAACGAAUAAAUAUUAAUGAUGUAC